AUGGCUACAAUUACACGCAAUCCGUUGGACUCGAUGAAGUCCACUUGGCGUUCGUGGGACCGGACGCAGUGGAACGCAGCCCACUGGCUGAUCGAAACCCUGAACAUCCACCAUAUCGAUCUGGAUAAAGAAGUUCCCGUUCACCAGAAAACAGACAAGGUUCCUUACGCCCCGGAGCUACAAUUCCAUCGUUGGGUCCUCCUCCACGCCAGCAUCCCACUCAUCAUUCACCAACUCUACAUCAACUAUAUCGGCCAACCCUCGACGCUGCUGGUGUUUGCUUUUUACAGCCUGUCCCUGGAAUUCAUCGCUAUCCACGAAGUCCAUGUCCUGCGCCGCGUCGGGCAUCAGAUUGGAUUCUUCGACGGCGACAAGCAUCCUCGCGAUGGUGUGCCCGAUGUGGGAGUACGGAAGACAGUCCAGACACUCCUGUCAGUUAUAUUUAUACGCCCCAUGGCCACUGUAAUGUUCGCCUAUCGCGCAGAUGAAGGCCCCUCCUCCAUCCGGUGGUUGUGGCUCAUCUUUGAAACUGGCGUCUACGCGUCGUGCUCGACUUCUGGUAUUACCUAUUCCAUCGCUCCGCACACGAAACAGAUCUACUAUGGCAAGUUCAUUGAUCUUGUCGGCACACCUCUCAUCACAUACGGCACAAUGAAAUUGAUGGGCUUCCCCAUGGGCUUCUACGAGUGGUGGAUCUGCCAGCAAUAUGUCAUCUUCACGGAAAUUCUCGGCCACAGCGGUCUGCGAAUGAUCGCCACCGCGGUGAAUCCCUGGACUUCGUUUUUACGGCUCUUCAAUAUGGAGCUCUUGCUCGAGGACCAUGAUCUCCACCACCGCAAGGGUUGGAAGAGCAGCUACAACUACGGCAAGCAGACCCGUGUGUGGGAUCGCUUGUUCAACACAUGCACAACUCGCAUAGAGGGGCACCGGGACAAUAUUGACUAUGUCAACACUGCGAAAAUCCCGCUGCACUGA